AUGUGGAACCCGCACAUUAUCGCUAAGCUCCUUGCCAACGAGCAGCAGCAGCAGGAGUUUCAAGAUGAUAGCAAAAUGUUCAUGCAGCUGCCGAUCACCCGCUACUUGAUGGAAGCGUUUACCAAGAAUCCUCAUCUGGCAGAUGGUGAUAUGUUUGGCUGUCGAGACUACGUCCAGCGCAAUGUACCACGGAUGGUAAGUGAGGAGGAAGAGCGGAACGCAGAUUUACCCAAAUGCAAUGUCCGGGCUGCCAAGGCCCGACAGGAAGGGAACAAGUUGUAUCAGAAAAAGAACUACCUGGAUGCACUGGAGAAGUACAACGAAAGCAUCUGCUGGGCCCAGAUUGACUCAGAGGAUCUGGCGAUUGGGUAUGCUAAUCGAUCGGCUAUCUACUACGAAAAUAAAGAAUACGAAUUUACCAUGGCCAAUAUUGCUCUAGCCAAGAGGCACAAAUAUCCGGAACGGUUGAUGCCGAAGUUGCAAGCCCGGGAACUUCUCUGCAAGGGUAAGAUCGACGCCGGUGAACACAAAAGUUCUACACCAUGUCCGAAGCUGGUUCUUAAUGUUGAAGUGAACCCCAAAAUCCCUUUCGUGGCACAGGGAAUUGCGAUGAAGAAACUUCCACAUUUUGGAAGGAGCAUGGUGGCUGAGAUAGAUUUCAAGGCGGGCAGUGUGAUUCUGUGCGAGAAACCCAUGAUGGUUUCUAUAAGUCCGGAAGCAAAGUAUAAAGUAUGCCAGUCCUGUUCGUCGGAGAACUUUUUGUCGUUAAUCCCAUGUCCGCAUUGUGUAUCCGUAAUGUACUGCAGUGAAGAGUGCUGGAAAAAGGGUUGGGAGGUUGGACAUCGGUUCGAGUGUGGAAUAUACGACAAACUGGCUAGCAUGCCGUUCGAUGAAUGUAAAAUGGGGCCAAAGAUGCUCUUCUAUGGAUUGACAUUGUUCAAUGACGACGUGAAGAAGAUGAGGAAGUACUGUAGAUCACACGGUCGAACCGGAAGUAAUCCAUUCGAUUUGGACUACACCAAGGAAAAUCCUCUGGAUGCAUUCAAGGUGUUCCAUACGGCCAAAAUGCAACCCCGUGUACACACUCUGGACAACGUUUACCGGUUGGUUACGGCGAUCUUGUACACCAUCUACAUCCAACAGCCUUUGAUUCGAUCGCUCUUCGUCACCAAAACGCAACAAAACUUUCUGUUGAAGUGUAUCUUUGAAUAUUCAACUGUGGUCAAUCGUCUGAUCGUUGUACGGGAGCCCUCCAUUGAUCUACUGCACACGGUUGCAUCCGUAUGUAAUCACUCCUGCGACCCAAACACUCACGUUAUGUAUCGCUCGUCCCAACUGAAGUUCGUUGUGAUUCGUCCAAUCUGCAAGGGUGAGCAAAUUUGCAUCUCGUAUGGUCCCAUCUGGGGAGAAACGUCCGCCUACGAACGGUAUAGGAAAUUGUCCAUAUUUGAGAUUGACUGCGCGUGCGUGGUGUGCAAUCCGAAUACGUUCCAGAACUUGCUGAUCAAUAACAAGCAACUCCGCCCGCCUUCCACAACAAUUUCUGUGUAA